AUGAAGGGCAUCGUGGGACUCAUCCUCGCCAGCGCGUCGCUUGCAGGUGCAUUGUCAACUGUGGCCACCGAAGUUUCGGCGUCCUCGUUGUUCUCGAAUGAAAAGUUACAGUUGACUGAGGGUGAUCUUUUAAAACUUUCGGUCGCCUUGCAAAAUGACACGAUAUCAAGCAUGUUUGCGUUUGCGAAUGACUCCACUUCUCACACUGUGGCCAAAAACAAUCUCCCUCAUCGCUGCAAAACGACCCCGGGUGAACUUCUGUGGCCUUCGGACCAAAUUUGGAACAUUUUCGACACCUUGAUUGGUGAGCGUCUUAUCAAAACGGUGCCUCUGGCAGCUUCCUGCUAUACAGACUGGCCAGAGUACAAUGCUACCCAGUGUGCGGCCGUAGCCGCCGACUGGUUCAACUCAGACUUGCACAUGGAGGACCCGGCAUCUAUCAUGCUGCCCCUGUACCAAGGCCGCUCUUGUCUUCCAUCUCCAUACAACUAUACAGCUGAUUGCACGCAAGGUGGUUACCCAACAUAUGCGGUGAACGUUUCCACUGUCGCGCAGAUCCAGCUCGCGGUCAACUUUGCUCGAAAUUUGAACUUACGCCUAGUGGUCAAGAACACCGGGCAUGAUUUCAACGGCAAGUCCUCUGGUAAAGACGCUCUGACUAUCUGGACCCAUUACCUUAAGGACAAGGAGUAUUAUCCAGAGUUCAAGGCUACCAAUGGCUAUGACGGCCCGGCGAUCAAAUUUGGCUCGGGUAUACAGGUGGCUGAGGCCUAUGAGUUUGCUCAGAGUGUCGGUCAUUCGGUAAUUGGUGGAGAGGCUGUUACGGUCGGCCUGGGAGGUGGCUAUACCGCUGGCGGUGGUCACUCCCCGCUGUCUAGUCUGUACGGUUUGGCAUCUGACCAGGUUCUAGCCAUGCAAGUUGUCCUAUCAAAUGGACAUUUUAUCACUGCCAGUUCUACAGAGAACCCGGAUAUUUUCUGGAUGCUCCGCGGCGGUGGUGGUAGCACCAUCGGUGUUGUUACUUCGUUAACAGUCAAGGCUUUACCUAAGCUUGAGACUACCACUGUGACCUUCAACUUCACAGUCAAUGAUACCCCAGGUCCAGAUGCUUUCUGGUCAGCAGUCGAGGCGUAUCUUGACAACUUCGAGGCAUUUGUUGAUGCUGGUACGUACGGCUACUAUUACAUCGGCGCGUCUUCAGUUGAAAGUGGUACGGACUAUGCUGGUAGCACCGACUACUAUUUCAGAAUGGAAUCUUUUGUUGCGCCAAAUAUGAGUGUAUCUGAGACCAAGACUCUACUUGCCCCUUGGUUCAAUGCUCUUGAUAACUUGAAUGUUUCCUUUACUCCAUGGUACAACCAUGCAGAUAACUUUCAUGAUGCCUGGAUUGAGGCUUUCCCUCAGGAAUACGUUGGAGCUGAUGUUGUCAAGACUGCUUCACGCCUACUCCCUCGUAGUGUCUUCCAGAGCGAUGAUCUGCGAAACCAAACCUUUGAAGCUUUCAAAGAUGCUAUCACUCAGGGCCUCUUUAUCGCGGGAUUUCACAUUAGCGGCACCGGAAUUGCCGUCGACCCACCCACGGACAGUGCCGUUCUUCCCGCAUGGCGAGAUGCUAUUACCCAUGUGAUUGUGGGAUCUGAGUGGAAUUUCACCUCCUCCUGGGACGUUAUCAAAAGCUCAUCGCUUUUCGUAACCGAGUGGAUGGAUGUGCUGCGUGAAAUAGCCCCAGACUCUGGCGCAUACAUGAGUGAAGCCGAUCUUCUUGAGCCAAACCUCCAAGAAGCAUUCUACGGUACCAAUUACCCCCGCCUCUACGCACUUAAGCAGAAACACGACCCGACUGGUCUCUUCUUUGCUCUAACGGCCGUCGGUGCCGAAGAUUGGGAGGUCCAGACCGUUGAUCCUCUACCGUACUCAUGGAACAACAACGGACGGCUGUGCCUAAAGUCCUCUUGA